AUGCCGCUCGCAAUCAGGCCCGUCGUGUCCGCCCCACUGGCCGCUUGCUGCACCGUGCUCUCCAUCUUCGGUGUUAUUAUCCUGGCCACCUUUGGAGCUCUCUACGCCCGUCGAGCGGAGGCCCUCGUCGGUUCCAUUCACGACACCAACGACCCGGACUAUACCUCCAAGAUCUGCUACACUGCCGCCUUCGUGUACGCCUGUUUCAUUGGGUUCUGCGGUCUGCAGCUCACUGUUCACCAGCGCUACCCUCGCGGGGUGCAGCUGUAG